AUGGAAGAUAGGAGAGACACUAAGGGAAAAUCAGUCACCACUACAGCAGACAAAGGAGGCAAAACCAAUCCUUAUCAGAAGCCAACGGGAGACAUAUGUUACUGUUGCAGGCAAUCUGAUCAUCGAUCGAUUAAUUGUCCAGAACGUAGAGGAGUUAACAAUGAUCACCGAAAGGAGGAUGAGCCGCAAAAGAGGAAGAUUUUCCAGGCAAAGUGCCGAGUAGGAGAAGCAAUUUGCAGGCUAAUUAUAGAUAAUUGUAGUUUGGAAGGAAAGAGUGUUGUUGUUGUUUCCAUGGGAAUGCAAAGGCUAUCAGGUGCAGUUGAGAAAUCUGAAGGCAUACUGGCUUUAUUAGUGAGAGCAGCAGGCGCAGUGGAGGAUGCACCAUCUUUACCACCACCCGUCAAAGAACUAUUGAAGACGUUUAGUGGAGGAAUCCUCCAAGCUCCCACCUUUGUUUUGCGUCAUUUCUUACGCAAGUUUGUGGUUGUUUAUUUUGAUGACAUCUUGAUUUUUAGUCGCAGUGAAGAAGAACAUUUACAGCAUAUUCAUCAAGUCAUGACAGCCUUGCAAGAAAUUCGCAGCUUUCAUGGCCUUACUACUUUCUAUCGAUGGUUUAUCAGAAAUUUCGGUAGCAUCGUUGCUCCUAUCGCAGAUUGUUUGAAGAAAAAGAGAGUGCAGAAAUUUGUUUGGACUGACAUUGCCAACAAGAGCUUUGAAGAGAUUAAAGAUAAGCUUACUUCUACCCUUAUUCUUGCUCUACCUGAUUUUAAUAAACUCUUUGAGGUUAAAUGUGAUGCUUAUGGAGUUGGGAUUGCCGGAGUGUUGUCACAGUCUAAAAGGCCUAUUGCCUCUUUUAGAGAGAAAUUGAAUGGAGUUAGGAAGAAGUAG